GUGAACUAUUAACUGAAUAAUAUGCAAAAAACAGAACACACAGUAUUGGUUCCAUAGAGAGCCCACUGACUGAAGAUUCUGAAAAUGGAAUGGGGAGGAGAAUACUCUCUUGAUUCUUCUAAUUUAGACUGCUUGCUAAAUAUCCUUCCUGGAGAACUGGAAUUUCAGCAGAUCCUUAGUGAUCUGGAUGAAAAAAUAAAGAAAAACUCUUCUAGCAUAGAAAAGUGUCUUAAAGAUCUGCAAUCAGAAGUAAAUGAAAUAUGUACUGAUGAAAUACUCCAAAGCACCACUGACUGCCUCGAGUGGCUAAACAAGUGCAAUUUUAGUUCUCUCAGACCUUCAUCUACACACCAUGGAGAGCUAAUGGAGUUCCUUAGAACCCUGCAAAGCUUGCUGAAGAAUGAACAAAAUCAAGAGGAAAUGAUACUCCACUUCCUUCUGGAUCUCUCUAGUCAGUGUGGUGUCUCAUUCCCCUGUACUCCCAGUGGGACUCCUUUUGAGCUAACAUCUUCCCUCCAUGCUGUUGAGGAUGAUUCAGCUAUGGAUGUGAAAUCUCUCUGGGAUGAUGUGAGGUUGCAUCUUCGACGAUUUUUAGUAAACAGACUGCAAAGUCAAGAAGAAACAAGUACCAGUGCUUCACAGCAACAAAUGGAAUUUAAAACCCAGUGCAUCCAGCAGCUUUUAUUUCUUUACCCUGAAUCAGAAGUCUUAACAAAGUACCAAAAUAUGCAGAAUAAGUUUGUCCGUGAUCUCCUGCAGAACUGUAUUUUGUCUAGCUGUGGUGAAACCAACUUUGAUAAGGUGGUGCAUGGUUGCCAAAGUUCCAUACCCACCUUGUGCACCAUGAUAAAGGAGGAUAUGUAUAUCCUAAGUGGAACUAUUGAUCCCUCUUCAUCACUGAAGUUUAUUAAUGAGACUUACCUGGAUACCAUCACUGAAGAAAUGACACUUCUUCUUGAGAGACUUUGUGAGCUGCAGUUCAAAGAAAAUGCUCUACACGUAGUUAAGGCAAACAAGAUUUCAAAGAAGCACAGAGGAACAGUUCAUGCUGUGGGUUAG